UCAAGCUGUGGAGAAGAAUUAUGACCAAUGGAAUGAAUCAUGAGAGAGAAGAAACAGAACCAAAAAAAAAAACCCAUAAACAAAAACAAAAGAGAAGCAAAAAAGAUUAUCUGCCUGUCUAGCUCUGCUGCUUAUUCACAAACACCUUCUAAGGUGUUCCCCAGAAUACCCGGGUCAUGGACCCAAAGCCUCGAGUUGUGCCAGAGGGGGGACGGCUAGAAUACCUGCAGGCGUUGGUCACCGAGUUCCAGGAGACAACGAGUCAAGAAGCCAAGGAGCAGGUCCUGGCCAAUCUGGCGAACUUUGCCUAUGACCCCAACAACUACCGGUAUCUCCGGGAGCUACAAGUGUUGGAUUUAUUCCUUGAUGUACUGAGUGAGGACAGCGAUACCUUAGUGGAAUUUGCCAUCGGUGGUCUCUGCAACCUGUGCCUGGAUAAAGUCAACAAAGAGUAUAUUCUGCAGAUGGGAGGCAUCAAACCCAUUAUCAACUGCCUGUCCAGCUCCAAUGAGGAGACAGUCAUGUCAGCAGUCACAACACUCAUGUACCUGAGCACAUCCCAGUCCAUCCAGGAACUCACAGCUCUGCCUGUGGUGGAAUGCAUGCUACGCUUCUCCCUCUCUGCAAAUAAGAGACUUAGCAAUCUGGCUACCAUCUUCCUGGAGGACUACUGCUCCCCUAGCCAGGUGGAGGAAGCCCAGAAUCUGAGUGCACACACUGCUGUGGGCAUACCACUCCCCAAAGACUGAUACUGUGCCAGGGAGGUGGUGUCCAUCUUCAGGAACCCUGGGUUGUCAGCCAGGCCCUGCACAGUUGGUGGAGAGGCUCGUGAGAAGGGCAGUGUAAGUAAGGGAAGCUAAAUUUGGGAAAAGACCAAUUUAAGCUGGGCUAGAGAGAAGAAAGAUCACAAGGCCCUGCAGAAGAAAAAUGUCCCAUCAAACAAUAAGGCAGUUUGGGGGUUAGGAUGGGGAGACCUUGGAAGAGGAAUCUCAGGACAGACAAGGUGCGCUGCUACUGGCAGGGAUAGCGCCACUGUCUGGCAACAGAUAGUAGCCAAGGUUUUGUACCUUUCAAGCUGGGGGUUUUGGCUAGUAAGAUAUAGAUUCCUUUAAAAUCUGCAAGGUAUAAGUACAAAGCACUGAAACAAAUGCUAUACACCCUCAAAAGCAGUUUUGUUACUCUAAAUAGGAGUGAUAAUGUGUAAAAGAAAGACCAACCAGGACCUGAAUUCAA